AUGCGACGACUCAAACAGCGCUGGUUGCCCGUUCUGACGGCAUGCUGCUUGGCUUGGGCUCCGUGCAACGCCGCCGACUGGCCGCAGUUCCGGGGCGAGCAGGGCAGCGGCGUCGCCGACGCCGCCGGGCACCCGAGCGAGUGGGGCGAGUCGCAGAACGUCGCUUGGGUGAUCGACCUGCCGGGCGAAGCCUGGUCGGCCCCGAUCGUGGUCGGCGACAGGCUGUUUCUAACGACGUCGACCGCGGUCGGCGACGGCUCGGGCCGACGGACCUACGAGGUCCAUUGCCACGCCCUUGGCGACGGCGCAUCGAUCUGGAAGCAAACGGCGAUCGAAGAGGUCCCGAGCCAGCCGACGCACCGCGACAACACCUUCGCCAGCGAGACGCCCGCCAGUGACGGCGAGCGGGUCUACGCCUACUUCGGCAUGACGGGCCUGUUCUGCUACGACCUCGAUGGCCGGCUCGUCUGGCAGAAGGACCUCGGCUCUUACCCGCUGCGUAACGACUGGGGCACGUCGAGCAGCCCCGUGGUGGUCGACGGGUUGGUCGUCGUUCAGAUCGACAACGAGGAAGACUCUCACGUCGUCGCACUCGACGCGGCCAGCGGCGACGAGCGCUGGCGUGUUGAGCGUCCCGACGAGGUCACCAGUUGGAGCACGCCCCUCGUUUGGCGUAACUCCGAGCGGACCGAGUUGGUCUUCGGCGGCAAGACGGUCCGGUCGCACGACCCGGCGACCGGCGAGCAGCUCUGGUCGAUGCCGAUCGGGGGGCGCAGUUCCGCCACCGCCACGGCCGUCGGCGACGUGCUCUACAUCGGCAGCGAGAAUCGCACGCGCCGCGGCGGCACCCCCGGCGGGCUCUUCGCGGUUCGAGCGGGCGCGUCCGGAGAGAUCGUGAUCGGCGAACCGUCGGCCGAAGAACGCGGCCUGGAGUGGGCCAAUGUCGAGGGCGCGAUCGGCAUCGCGUCGCCGCUGGUUUACGAAGGCCACAUCUACGUGCCCGAACGCCGGGGCGGGAUGCUGCGGGUGCACGACGCCGAGAAUGGCGCGGAGGUCUACCGCAAGCGCUUGCCCGGCGGCGGCACGUUCUGGGCCUCUCCGUGGGCGGCCGGCGGCGAAGUCUACUGUUUGGACGAGCGCGGCAAAGCGUUCCGGCUCGCCCCGGGCGCGGAGUACGAGGUGAUCGGCGAGAACGAACUGUCUGGCCGAUUCUGGUCGACGCCCGCCGUGUCGGGCGGCACGCUGCUCGUCCGCAGCGCCGAUCGGCUCUUCGCGAUCCGUGCCGCGAAGCUCGCGCUCACCGCGGCGGGGAACAUCAACAGACUCGGCUCGAUGCCGGUCGCUUGCGACAUCGCCCCCAGCAGCGGCAUCAACAGCGCGGUGGUCGCCGUGUUGCUCGUCACUUCCGUGAGGAACGUGACCGCUAGGCACAGCCCGGCGAUCAGCACCGGCGUGGGCAUCGUCGCCAGGAACCCGAGCGCCUCGCCGAUCGCGUCGCUCAAGCCCGAAGCGUUGAAGCCGCGGGCGAGCACCAUGCCGCGCCUGCGUCUCGUGGUCACCGGGCGGGUCGCCGCUGGGGAUCAGGAACAUCGCCACGACGGCCAGGAAGGCGACGCACGCGUCGUUCGCGCCGGGCAGGUCGAGCCACUCGCUCCAGCCGCCGAACGGUUCUUUGCGGGUGACCCAAAGCAGCGCCGUCGCCGCGAACACGGAGAUGGUGCGCACUUCGGCUGGGCGCCACUUCCCAACCGCCGGGAGGUCGACUGCCGCCGGUCCGCCCUGGCCCCUUGUGAGCCACGCCGCGAUGACCGGCAGCAUGCAGGCGGCGACGGGCACGCCCCACUUCAUCCAGCCGAGGAACGUCGGCUCGCUGCCGGUGACGCGGGCGUACUCCUGCAUGCAAAUCAGGUUCGGCGGCGUGCCGAUCGGCGUCGCGACGCCGCCGACGCUCGCCGCGUAGGCGAUCCCGAGCAGCAGCGCCAGCCGCAGCCGCCGGUCGGUGCUGCGUUCGAGCGUCGCGCCGGCGAUCGGCAGCAGCAUGAGCGUCGUCGCCGCGUUGGAAACCCACAUGCUGCACAGCGCCGCCGCGGCCAUGAACCCGAUGAUCAGCCGCCGGCCGCUCGGCGGCGGUUCGUCGGCCGCUUCCGCGGUCCAGAGCGCGCUGGGCCCGCGAGCGCACAGGCGGACCAUGCCGAGGGCGAGCCGCCGGUGGGCGCCGCUCCGUUCCAGGGCGGUCGACAGAAUGAAGCCGCCCAUCAGCAGCAAGAUGAGCGGGUGACCGUACGCCUCGCCGACUUCUUUCGCGGAGACGACUCCCAGGACGGGGAACAACGCCAUCGGCAGCAGCGACGUCGCCGGAAUCGGGAUCGGCUCCAGGACCCACCAGACGGCGCACAGCACGGCGACGGCCGCGGUCCACGCGGCCUGCGACUCCAGGCCCAACGCGCCGAGUCCGUAGGCGGCCGCGAUCGCCGCGGUCGGUCCGAGCCAGAGCGAGGCUUGCUUCAUCCGGCGGUUGGCAGCGAGCAGAGAAGGGGCGUCCCGUGGCGAGGUCCCCACUCUAAAGCGCCGGCGGUCGUUGAGCACGGCCAACCUUCGGCUAUUCUGUCCGCACCCACCCGCGCCUCGGUUCCCCGACUGCGAGCGAUGACCGAACCCCCCGCGAAUCGCCCGCCGGUAGCCGAACCGCUUCUGCCACCAGGCUGGGGCGUGCCCGAAGAGCUCCGCUCACGGCUCGGCGACGAAGCCGGCAAGCAGCGGCUCUUGGAGACCGACGGCCACCUGCUGCUCGUCCUGCACGCGCCGCCGCGCCCGGGAGAGUCGUUCCGCCGUGGCCGGCUCUACUGGCGCACACCCGAGGGGCUCUGGAAGCCGCAGUCGCUGCGGCACCACGAGCACGCGAUCGACGAGCUGCUCGGCGAGUACGAAGAGCGGGCCGCCGAGAUCGAGGCGACCGUCGAGUCGGCCGGCGAAGCGCGCGACUACUUUGAAGCGCUCACGGCGUUGACGCCGUUGGUCCGCGCCGCGCGCAACGUGUACGCGGUGCUGAAAGAGGCUCGCCAAGCGGCGCGCGGCGACCGCAAGCUGAUCUUGCUCCGCGAUCGGGGGUACGCCCUGACGCGUCGCCUGGAGCUCUUGCAGCAAGACGCCAAGAACACGCUCGACUUCGUCAUCGCCCGUCGGGCCGAGGAGCAGGCCGAGGCCUCUCGUCACCAAGCGCGAGCGGCGCACCGACUCAACGUGUUGGCGGCCCUGUUCUUCCCGGUCGCGACGCUGACCGCGAUCUUCGGCAUGGAACUCGGCCACGGCCUCGAAGGGAUCGACGCCUCGAGCGCGCCGGUCCCGAUGCUCGUCGUGCUCGGCGUCGGGCUCGUGCUGGGCGCGAUCCUGGCCGUCGUGGUCACGCGAAAGUGA